AAAAUACCUGCACAUACAGAGGAAGAAAUGUUCCCAAAUCAUUGUUAGUGCAGCACUGAUGCCGCCUCCCUGCUCCACAACCACUGUCUGCUCCGUCACUACCAUAAUUUGAUCAUAAUCCCUAAUCAUAAUCACCUCGUAUCUUAAAGGUGUUCUCAAUCUGGACUAGGAUUAUGGGAUUGCGGAGCGUGUGUUAGACUGUGAAUGAGCGAUCCGAAUCCAAUCCGGUGCUGAAUUUAAUUUGAUGAUGGCGGUGCUACUGAUUCACCCGCUGGACCUACUUUAAGCCUGAUAUUUGGAAAACAAUAGACACUGACCUGCUAAAAUUCAGUUUGUGCUCCUCUGCGUCGCCUUUAAUCUCUUUAAUUUGUUUUUAGAGAACGACACAGGGAUGAUAAAUCAGGUGUCCGUCAGCUUUGGGCCAGACACAAUAAAGUAUUUACAGAUUUAAAGACUUCGAUUACCUUUGUCUGUAAAGGCAUUGCAUUGAAUUUAUUCAUGCUUUCCCUAAAAUGGCAUUACAAGUGGCCUGAUUGCGCCUAACACAACAAACCCGCUGCUGAACUCAGGCCCUGGGCCGGAGCAGCGGUCGCUGGGGAUUCCAGCGUGACACACAACACAGUCACGGCUCUCUGAAAUGUGUGCGCGUGCGCCUCUGUUCGUGUGUCUCAGCAUAUGAUUUUGAGUGGAGUCAUUUAGCAGAUGAGCGUGUGGCCAUUGUUAGGGGGAUAAUCUGGCUCUUGCUGCUCAGAUAGGUUAACAUGCUGCGGAUUAGACCGGAUUACCCCCAUCCAUACCAGACAGGACAAGGACCGGCCCCCACCCCUCCCCUCCUCUUUUCACUUAUUCUGACCUCUCGGUAAUUUCAUUUGAUCAUCAUUUUAUUCCUUCCUUCCUUUUAGUCCCAACGUGUCUGUUUUUUUUUUUGUUGUCAUCUGUUCUGUUCUUGUCUUUGGUCCAGUUUAGCUUGUUGUUCAAUAGUUUUGGAUCGCUUUGCGUAUUUCUUAAUUCGUUGUGCGUCGUCUAUCUUUAGAACAACCCUCCACUCACACCAGUAGGUCCUUCAGUUAUAUGUGAGGAUGAAGUGAGAAAACCUGACUCCAGCUGUAGUUGUGACGUUUUUCAUUCAAAACACUCCAAGUGGUAAGACAACACUAAGAACACACUACAAUGGUGUAAUUACUGCCUUCACAUCCAGCCUAGUUAACUUAAUCUGCAGUUUUAAACCAAGGGAACUGUCAGUCCUGUGUAUAUUCCUCUAUUAGUUUGCCUUUUGGUGUUUGUUUAAUGUGUAGAUACCUGUUUGUUUGCAUCCCAGGACUGCAUCCCUAUUGUUUUCUGCAAAAACAUCUCCAGAUGUUCCAGCACUGGUGCAGCUGAACUAAUGCAUCAUUAUUAAAAAAAAAAAAAAAAGUUGGAUUACCUUCGAGGUAUUGAGUUGCAAACAAGUCCGAGUGCAGGAUUAGAAAGUCAGGUACAGUUACCUGUCCUCCUCAGGGGGCGUAAAGCGGUGGCCACACACACAACAUAACACAAGGCCAUCUCCAUCUGUCCACAUGUUCUUAAGUUGGACCUGAAUCUAUAUGACGCGAAUGAAGAAUGAUGUGCUGACAAUAUCAGAGCAUUAUCCACCUAGUCACUCCAUCCAUCUCAGUCUGCUAUAAUAUACCCCCCUCAGUCCUCUCUUUGGGAAACCAUUAUGUACUGGACUCUAUUGGAGCCCUGUUGGUGCACAAAAGCACAACAAAGACUCAGGAAGUGAUUAGUGGCUUAACGAGGAGGAGGCUUUGGGGGGAGUUGAUAGGGGCUCCACAGACUCUUCCGUGAGAUGGAGGGAGGGGGUUAAGGUUUCAGGGCUUAAGGGGUCAGUGUUAAGUUGUGGAGGUCAGUGGAGGGGUUAAUUAGGAGCGGGGCUUUUGUUUAUGGGGGAUUAGGAGAGGCCGAGGCCAUUCACUUUCUUGCUGUGUUGCUCCAGCCACCCUGGAAGUGUCACCCACCUCCUUUUUAGCCAGCGCCCCUCUCCCUCCUCCUCGCUGCUAAUUGUCCGGGGCCCUGAAAGGAGACGCUGCAGAAUUAUCUUAAUUGUCACCAUUACAGCACACUCGGCCCAUUCACAACACAGCGCACACCUCACGUAUGUCCCCUCAAGUGUGUUUGCUGCGUCUUUUCAACUCGUGCUGUGAAGGACAGACGCAGACGCCAGUAUGUAUCUGCAGUGAGCUGCAGGGGUGCCGCACUAAACGCACAAGCAUAUGGCCCAGGGCGGCCAAAAUGUGUUAAUGCUGAUUGAAUAUGCUGCUCGAUUAGACUAACGUUAGCGGGAUUUAUGGGCGGAUGCUAAUCCAGUGUAGCAGAAUGGAGCUGCAGCGCGGCUUAUCUCUCAAUUUGGAGAUAUUAGAGAACAGAAGAGUGAUUAGAGUGACAGGAGAUCACUAAGGGAAACAUACGCUGUCGGGUCCGGGUGAGAUUUUCAAUCACACCUGGUGCCAUUCACAUAUUAACGCUGCAAGCUGCUUACGGGGAGUUAUGAGGUUUGGCCGAUCACAGUGAUGACAUCUCCAAAAGAUCACCGUCACUGCUUCAUGUUGUUCCUGCUAUGAAUGAAUGAGCUAUCUGGCGUGUGUUUAUGUAAUUGUUCUCAGAUGAAAAGCAGCGGGGAAGGGGCCGUCUGUGUUCAGCCUGUGCGUAAAGGGAGAGAGAUAAAUCCUCCGUUUGAUUGACAGUGCUGCCAUGGCAACCCCGCAUCCCCUCCAGGGUGUCCAAUGAGAAGUCGGACUCAGGGUCCCUCCCAGACUCCCAGGUGAGCUAAAGAGUGAGACUUCAGCGGAUUUGUGCCAGACUCCUUCUGACGCGCGCGCGCUGCGUUCGUGGCUUCACACUCGCGUCAAGAUGGUUUUCAGGUCGCAACUCGACUUUUUCUCAGCUUCCCGGCUGCUUCUGCCGCACUUCGCGGAGGGGCCCCCUCUCCUCACGCGCUCCCACUCCCCGGACGACUCCCCCGCCGCCUGUCCCCCGCUGGCCCUCCCCGGACUCUGCUUUUCGGCCGCGCAGAUCGCCAGCGUGUGCGAGACCCUGGAGGAGACCGGGGACAUUGAGCGGCUCGCGCGCUUCCUCUGGUCGCUCCCGGUGACCGCCGACGGCCGCGACUCCAUCUCCGAGCACGAGUCCGUGCAGCGGGCUCGCGCCGUCGUGGCGUAUCACACAGGUAGUUUCCGCGAGCUGUACCACAUCCUGGAGAGCCACCGCUUCACGCGCGCCUCCCACGGGAAGCUGCAGGCCAUGUGGCUCGAGGCGCACUACCGGGAGGCGGAGAAGCUGCGCGGGCGCGCGCUCGGACCCGUGGACAAGUACCGCGUCCGGAAGAAGUUCCCGUUACCGAGGACCAUCUGGGACGGAGAGCAGAAGACGCACUGCUUCAAGGAGCGCACGAGGGGGCUGCUGAGGGAGUGGUACCUCCAGGACCCCUACCCAAACCCCGGGAAGAAACGGGAGCUGGCGCACGCCACCGGACUGACGCCCACGCAAGUCGGCAACUGGUUCAAAAACCGGAGGCAGAGGGACCGGGCGGCUGCGGCCAAAAACAGGUUGCAGCACCACAGGAUGUGUCCAGGCGCUGCACGUGGAGAGUGCAGUCCUGACGGGAGCAGGGAGCGGGCGGAUGGACAGACUCUGCUCUCAGUAACAGACAGCGACUCUGAUUUGGAUGUGUAACACUUUCAGUCUGUGCGUGGACCUUUCAGGAAGCCUGUGAUGGUCUGGAGAACUAUGGGGGAUGUGAAGGAAAGGCCGCUCUGGGUUCGGGUUGUGUUGUAAACACAGGUUACAUGAACAGACUAUGCAGGCAUAUUUUUGACAUUUACCCGAGUCUCUGGACGACGGUGCACAUCUGUUCACCCAGCAUUCACCUUCAGUCCAGUGAAGCAGACUUCAACCCAGGGACCUCCACACAGGAGGACGUCUACAGCCUAAAACCUGGCUAUGAGCUGCAGUUAUCACUCCUGUUUUUUAUAGGUGCAUGUUCAUAUAUAAGUAAAACUAGCUGUUCCUUUAGAAUUUCCUGAAGGCCCCUGGACGUCCACUAUUGUAGACAAUCAACUAACACUGCUGCCUACCUCCCUGUCCUGAUUAUGGACCUUUCCUGUUUGUUCUUUUACUGUAUUUAAGUUUCACUGUGCAGUCUGUGUGUGGGGUAUGACUGCUAAUGCUCCAAUAGUUUUUUGGUAUUUUAUAUAAAUAAAAUUAUUUAA